AUGGAAGGGGAACACUCGGGAGAGAACAUGGCCGAUGUCCUGCUACAGGUCAUCAAAGAUUAUAAGAUUACGGACCGGGCUUUCCUGAUCGGAAAGGACGCCAAAAAGAUCUGCAAAGAUCUAGACGCUGCAUACAAAGAAGGCGACAUGACGCGAAUCCGGGAGCUCUGGCGGAAGCGCGGCGCCAUCGGCAGGCUUCAUAAUAUCAUCAGAUAUAUUCGAGCCAGUCCUCAGCGCCGUCAGUUUUCAGAUCAAUUGCCUGUGGGGAGCACUCUUAUCCAGAGCCAGCAAACGCGCUGGAACUCAUACUUCAUGUCAAUCGGCAGAGCUCUCAAUGUCAAGGAGAGAAUUCAGAUAUUCUGUGACCAGUAUGAGGCUGGCCAGAGCCAGAAAAGUCUCGCUGAAGACCGCCUGUCUGAGCAGCAGUGGAACGAGCUUGCACACCUUCAUGAUCAGCUGGAGACGUUCUACGACGGAACCCUGUCGACGGAAGGCAGGCAUUCAACGCUAGCAGAUCACUUUCAGACGCUCGACUGGUUGCUAAAUGAGAUCCAGCAGGCCAAGAUUAAAUUCGAGGAACUUCACAGGGCGGCUGUUCGAAGGAAGACCAGUCGUGGAGCUGCCGCUGCUGAAGCCGACAACUUUGCGUUUCUUGCCGCUUCGGCAGAAGCUUCCUGGCGUAAGGCCGAGCAGUAUUUCAAUAAAGUGGACGAGACACCGGCAUAUUAUACCGCCAUUUCGCUGAAUCCGACUCUCAAAAACCUGCCCGCCAUCGACCUUCUCGAUCAGUUCCUGGAGACAGAUGUUAUCCGGCUUGGUGAGGAGGAAAGCUUUGACGUUAUCAAGUAUUGGAACGAUCGCUAUCAUACACAACCUGAUCUAGCACGCAUGGCACUAGAUGUUCUAUCUGUUCCACCAAUGUCGGAUGAAUGCGAGCGGUUAUUCAGCAGCGCUAAGAUCCUGCUUUCUGACCGGAGGUCGAGGCUUAAGAUCGACAUCAUUGAAGCUAGCGAGUGCCUCCGGUCCUGGUACGGCCCACCUGCACGAAAUACUUUUGAGGAUAUCAACAUCGGGAGACUAGAAGGGGAGUCUGAUCUGCAGGAGGCUUACAAAGCUGGGGAUGGAUCUGAAGCUAAAAUGGACGACGAGGACCUUCGGAUCGUGGAUCAAGAUGAUUACCUCCAUGAUAAUACUCCUCAGCCCCAGGAGGGCUUGCGGUAG